UUUAUACAUGACAUGAACCUAAUUAAAACAAUUAUGUAUAAUUCAAUGAUCGGUUUAUAUAUCUUAAUAGUCAAAUAUCAUUAUAAUAAUAAAUGAUGUCUAAUUUUAUUCAAUAUUUCUUUUUAAUAUUUUAUAAUUUCAUUUAUAUUUCAACUGUAUUAUCAUAUCAAAAUAUAGAAACAAAAUGGAUACCAUUAAUUGGGAAUUGGAUAAUUUCUAAUCAAACUAUAUCAAAACAAAUUUAUACAAAAUUUGGUAUAGAUAGUUAUAGUACACAAUGGAUAAUUGAUAAUAAUAAUAAUAAUAAUAAUCCUUUUAUUGAUGAUAAUGAUGUAAAAUUAAGAUGGAUAGCAUAUGAUAAUUGGACAUUUACUAAGAUUUUUAUCAUUGAACAAUUCAAUUUCAAUAAUACUAUAGAAUUAUAUAUAGAUGGUAUAGAUACAUUUUGUGAGAUCAUUUUAAAUAAUCAUUUAUUAGGAGUUACAGAGAAUAGUUUUUUGUCAUAUACAUGGAAAAUUAAUCAUUUAUUAAACUUAAAACGAAUAAAUAUAUUAGAAAUAAAAUGUAUAUCAACUGUAUUAAUGGCAAAGAAAAAAGCGGAACUAAUGAAAGUUAGAAAAAAAUCGAUUCCACCACCAUUUUGUUGGCCAUCUAGAUUUCAUGGUGAAUGUCAUGUAAAUCUUGUUAGGACAACACAAUCAAUAUUUGGUUGGGAUUGGGGAUUAACUUUACCUAUUCAAGGAUUAUGGACAUUACCUCAGUUGGUGGUUUCACCUUCAGGUUUAAGAUUCGGUGAAAGAUUUAAAUUCUAUGCUUAUUCACAGCAUGAUCAAUUUAAAUUAUGGAGUGCUGAAAUUGAUGUAGAAAUUGUAGUCAAUGUGCCGUCAUACAAUCGUCUAUCAAAAGCAUGUAUCUAUUCAUAUAUCGAAGAAUUAAAUGUAUUUGGAAGAAAGUGUUUUGGAAUGGAAAAUGAAAUGAUCACUAUGGAGGUGUUACGUAAUCAAUCAAAAGUUAAAUUAUGGUGGCCUAUUGGUACGGAGACUGGACCAUAUCUUUAUACAUUAGUACUCUACUUAACAGUUGGUUUCAACAAGAUUGUUGAUAAAAAAGAAUAUUUAAUAGGUUUUCGUGAAGUGGAGUUAAUUGAGGAUUAUGUGGAUUCAUCACACAUUGAAUUAGGUCGAACAUUUUAUUUUAAAAUUAAUGGUUUGCCAAUAUUCAUAACAGGUGCUAAUUGGAUACCUGCAAGAUAUAUGCCAGGUAGACAGUAUAUUUUAAUGCAUAAUGUAACGAAUGAUCGUAUUUGGUUAGAAAAACGACUUCUUCGUUCAGCAAGUCUAUCAGGAAUUAAUUUAAUAAGAAUAUGGGGUGGCGGACGUUAUGAAGAUGAUGAAUUUUACAAAGAAGCAGAUAGGCUUGGUUUGAUGAUAUGGCAUGAUAUGAUGUUUGCAGUAGCUACUUACCCAGAUAAAGAAAGAAAUGAUACUGUUGAAGAAGAAAUCAGAAGGCAAAUAUCACGAUUACACUAUCAUCCAUCUAUUAUAGUUUGGUCGACAGAUAAUGAAGUGAAACAAGCUAUUGCAAAUGGUUGGUAUGGUCCACCAAUGGAUUUAACAUUAUUAAGUAUAUUUAAAUCUAGAUUUGUCGAGUCAAUAUUUAAUGUGAUCAAUGACGAAGAGAAUGGUCGAAGUUCGGCCAGACGUUGGGAAGCUUCAAAAUAUAAACCUAGAAGAUGUCUUAUCUCUUCACCUGGUAAUGGAUAUCUAACAGAGAAAUUCAGAGGAUUGGAUCCGGACCCAGAUAACCCACUAUAUGGUGAUAUACAUUAUUACACGUAUUCUGGUGAUUUAUGGUCAGAAUCUAAUUAUGUACUAGGACGUUUUAUAUCAGAAUUCGGCAUACAAUCUAUUCCGUCUCCAUUAGCUUGGGCCAGAUCAAUUUCAAAUAUAUCGAAUCCAAAACAAUGGGAUGUAUUCGGUUCACUGAUGGACCAUAGACAACAUCAUCAAUUAGGUCAUCAAAUGCUCAGAUUAGCGCUUGAGUAUAUUACGGAACCAGCAAAUAGACAAGAUCCGAUUCGUAAUUACAGUCGAUGGGCAUAUGUAAGUCAAUUAAAUCAACUCAUGUGUUUACGUACUCAAAUCAAUUUAUACAUGAGGCAUAAAUGUCGAUUAAAAUUAACAAAUUUUACAAUUAUAUCAACUAAUAAAUUUAUUACAAUGGGUACAAUAUAUUGGCAAUUAAAUGAUAUUUGGUCAACACCUAGUUGGUCAACUAUAGAUUCAGUUGGUCAAUGGAAAUUAUCACAUUAUAAUGCUAUAAAAGAAUAUUAUGAUCUAACAAAAUGGGGACGUAUAGCUAUACAUCAUAAUAGUGAAAUAAUUGAAGCUGAUUGGAUACCAAAUACAAAUAAUAAUAAUAAUAAUAAUAAUAAUAAUAAUAAUAAUAAUAAUAAUAAUAAUAAUAAUUUAUUUCCUAUUGAAUUUGAAUUAAUUUGUUAUACAAUUUGGUCAUUUAUACCAACAUAUCGUGAAAUUUUAAAUAUUUCUAUAAAACAUUUUAUUCAAUGUCCAAUAAAUAUAUUAAAUAAAUCUUUAAAUGAUUUAAAUAAAUUAUGUCAUUUUAAUUAUAGAAAUGAUAAACCAAUACAAAUUAAAAUAUGGCCUAAAAAUGCUGGAAAAACUUUACAAAUUAAAUCAAUCAAAUUAUUGAAUAUAAUGAAUAAUUUAUUAAAAAUUCAAAAAAUGGCACCAUUUUUAACUAAUUAUAUUUAUGAAAUUAUAAUUGAAUCCAAAUCACCAGAAUUAUUUAUUAAUUUGAAUAUAGAUCCAAGACUUGAUGUAGAAUUUUGGUUUUCAAUAAAUGGUUUUCAUUUAAUAAAUGAAAAUGAAAAAAUAAUACAUUUAUGUAUAUCAGGAAAUAAAACAAUUUCAAUAGAUGUAUUAAAACAAUAUUUAUGGAUUGAAUCACUUGCAACAUUGAAUAUGAAAGAAUUGUGA